GCGUCGGACUUCUUACGUGUUCUUCUCUCAUUUCUCAUUUCCUCACCGUUUGCCUCUAUUUAAACUACCUCUUCCGGUCCUUACAUCAGCAACAAUUCGUUUUUCGAUUGUAAAAUAAGUGAAAGAAUACACGCCAAAAGAAUUACAAUGUCUUCUCAACAGCGAAGAGAGGAUCUCGACGCCAGGGCAAGGCAGGGGGAGGUUGUCGUUCCCGGGGGGACCGGGGGCAAGAGCCUUGAAGCUCAGGAGCACCUCGCGGAGGGUAACAUGCUCUCUGCUUUUAUAUUGGAUUAUUGGUUUCGCGGUAUGUUAGUAAGAAACGUGGUUUUCCGUUGUUAUGCUGUGUAGGGAGGAGCCGUGGAGGUCACACAAGGAAGGAGCAGCUGGGGCGCGAAGGGUACCAGGAGUUGGGCAGUAAAGGAGGGAACACGAGGAAGGAGCAGAUGGGAACUGAAGGGUACAGGGAGAUGGGUAGGAAAGGUGGCCUCAGCAACAUGGACAAGUCUGGAUGAGACCGAGCUGAGGACGAAGGUAUCGACGUUGAUGAGUCCAAGUUCAGAACUUCAAACCGUUAAGUAGACCCACUUAGUGUUGUUGUUGUGUGACAAUGUCUGUCCUGUGAUUUAAGGCUGUAAACCUUUCGAGUUUCGCAGGCCUCCGGUCUAGGUUGUUUGUUUGCUAGUUUCGUUCUCUAGUUUUGGGGCUUAGCUUCUAGUUAGGCAGGGUUGUGCUUUCUGUGUGUGAUGUUGCUUGAGGUGUUGAAUGAAUGUUUGAAUUUUGG